AUGUACUCUACCUCUCAGAAGUUGUUCAUCCCCUUCUGUUUGGCGCUCAAUGCGUUAAGCAGCAUCGCAAUUGUGUUCUGCAACAAAUGGAUAUUUCAGGACCACGACUUUAUGGCCAGCACCACCCUCACAUUGAUCCACUUCGUCAUGACGUUCAUUGGGCUAGUUCUGUGCCUGGCUGGGGGCGUGUUUAAGGUUAAGCGUGUCAGUAUUGCGCGUGUGUUGCCGUUGAGUAUCAGUUUCUGCGGUUUUGUUAUGUUAACGAACAUGUCUCUGAUGUACAACUCAGUUGGUUUCUAUCAACUCAUCAAGGUUCUAACGACACCGCUUCUUGUUUUGAUGGAAACCUUCAUCUACAAGAAGACCUUCUCCACGAAAAUUAAGUUGUCGCUUCUACUGAUUUGCGUCGGUGUUGCAGUUGCGACAGUGACGGACAGCGAAUUGAACUUUGUGGGCACUGUGGUCGCCUUAUCGGCUCUUCUUGUGACAUGUCAGUACCAGAUAUGGGUUGGGACAAAACAAAAGGAGUUGGACUGCGACUCAUUUCAACUGCUUUUCUACCAGGCCCCACUUUCUUCCUUGUUUCUGCUGCCCAUCGCGUACUUCACGGAAAUUCAGCACAUGAUUCCCCCUUGCCUUGAUACCGUAAGGAUCAUUCUGUUGAGCGGCGUCAUCGCAUUUCUCGUAAAUAUUUCCAUAUUUCUUGUUAUUGGGAAGACGUCGCCGGUCACAUACAAUGUCUUGGGCCACUUCAAGCUCUGCAUCAUUAUACUGCUUGGGACCAUCCUGUUUGAUGAAGAUAUGGGUACAAAGAGGUUUCUUGGUGUUAUCAUGACGCUGGCUGGUGUUUUCUGGUACACGCACCUCAAGACAGCCACAUCCGCCAAGGUGGAGUCUUUUUCCCUCGAGGCUGUAAAUGAAGAGGAAGAUAAUUCAAAUGCUGUGUAG